AUGCCUCUGUAUAACGUGACCCUGAAGAAGGACUCGCCCCCUGAGGAGCUUGAGCGCGCCAAGCAGGACGUGCAGAAGAAGGGAGGAGUCAUCAAGCACGAAUACAGUCUCAUCAAGGGCUUCACUGCCGAGUUCCCGGAGGACCACGUCGGAACCCUCGAGUCCGACGAGCAUAUCCAUGUCGAGCAGGACGGGGAAGUCAAGACCCAGUAG